AUGUUACUUCUUCACGCAAUGGAUGAAAAAUUAAGAGCUCCUCCUAUCAAUCCACUCCUCCUUCGUAUCCGAACUUCUAUUGCUUCCUUACGUUUAACCUCCUAUGUAAAUUAUAACCUAAUACCUGUUACCUCAACUCAAUCUAACUUUCGACACCGACCAUCGAGAUCCUUAUUCCCUAAUUUUGUAAAGCGGAAAUGGGGAUACUUAGGUUUCUGUUUAUUAUUAAUUUUAAUAGUAAUGGUACGUAUUCAACUUAAAAGGAGUGUCGAUCCUUUUGAAGAGACUCCUGCAAUAACUGGUCAUUCUUCUCAAUCUCCUCCUCCUCCACGGCCGCCUCCGUUAUUUUCCACUUUUACCGAUAAUUAUCCAAAACAACUUGCAAUUUUAAUCGUACCGUCUUCCAACAUGUCAAUAAAUACAUAUAGCAAGAUGAUAGUGGAGACUUGGGGUACUGUGGCAAAAAAUAAUAAAGCUUUAAGUGUAGAUUUAUGGUUUGCAUCUUCUGAAGAUACUUUAAGGAAAUUUGGAUGGCCUAAUGUUCCUGAUAAUACUUCUGAAGACUCUAAAACUUCUAAAGAAACUCCUGGAAAAGAUAAUCUUAAAGAAAUGAUGAGAGAACUUGUUGAACAAACUAUGGUUUUUGAAGAACCUGCAGAAUUAAGUAAAGAGCAAAAAUCUUUUAGAACAGUUACUAAAGCUCUUCAUUUUCUUUAUGCAUACCAUCUUGAUCAUUAUAAUUUUGUUUUAAAAAUUACAGAUAAAACAUUUGUUCAUUUGCCACGCCUCCUAGAUUUACUUUCAAAAACAACACGUAAACCUCGACUAAUAGGUCGUCCUGAUAUUGAUUAUGAAACUAAUGUAAAAUUUUGUUGGAAUGGCCCUGGCUAUAUAUUGAGCAAAGAUCUUUUAGCUAUUGUAGGCCCACACUUACCUUUUUGUCUUGAAGAUAAAUCAAUUACUGAAGAUAUAGCAUUAGAAAGAUGUUUAUAUAAUAAUGCACCUACUUUUAUGGGUUGUGAAGAUUUUACUAAUGGAACAGGUCAUGAAUUUUUGUAUUUACGGCCAGAUGAUGAUAUAAAUUGGGCAAAUGUUGUUCAUCCAGAACGACAAUUCAGUGAUGGUUAUCUUGGAGGAUGGACCUUUGCAAAUUCUGUAAUAGUCGGUGGGGUUACAAGUAUUGAGACAUUAAAAGAGUUACAUAGUUGGUAUGGUACAGGUGGAAAAUAUGAAAAAAUAAUCGAGAGGCGGAUGAUGUUACUUAGAAAAAAAUUAAUGAGGGGAACGACUGAUAAACUGCGUCGAA